CUUUUAAAAGUGAUAAAAUAUUUUUCACAAUCUCUUUCAGUUAGUUUCUUAUAUGGAGAUACAAAUAAUAAUUUUUCUUCAGGAAGUGUAUUAUGAAACAUUGUAGUAAUUGAAGAAAUGAUAGUAUCAGCAGUUCUAUCCAUACUAAUAUAUUUGUGAAUGAUUUGAUCAAUAUGGAAUUCUUUAAAAGAAGACUUACUUUUUUUUAUGGGAUCUACAGUUAUUGCACUGCCAUAUACUUAUCGAAGCAUUCAGUCAAUAAUUUUAAUGGUAAAUUGACUAAAAACGUAAAUUCAAUUUAAUCAUUAUCAAAUCUAAUCAGAAGAAUCAAAUGUAACCAAAAGAUUUUCAAAUCAUUAUGAAUAUCUAAGAAAAGAG